AUGGCAGCUUAUGCAGCUCUAGUUUCUGUUUUGACUAUCAUUGACCAUAUCCAAAAUCAUCCUCGCCUUUCGAUUUCCUUCGACAAGAAUCAGCUCGAAUCACUUGGCGAAAAGGUCGGUUUCUUGCUAGAUUUCAUAGAAACUGAUACUCAUGGAGUUAUAAGCGAGCAGGCACAAGUUUUAGAACGUCGAAUUGCUUCUGCAGCCUAUGCGGCUGAAGACGUAAUCGAAUCUCAUGUCGUUGACCGAAUUCAACCUGCAGGUUCCGUUGAAGUUCAUCGUCUACGGAAAGUAGUAAAAGAUAUCAUGCAUUCAAUGCGCCUAAAGAAGGCUAGAAAGGAGGAAAAUAACGCCGGUUCGAUUUCCAUGCUCGACCUCCAGGCGGUAAUAGAAGACAUGGAUUCUAUCAAGAAAAAAGUUAUCGAGUUCAGAGAUGAAAGUGGAUCCAAUGAUGAUAUGCAGCCCACAUCUACAACUACUUCAUCAAGUACACCUCUUAUUACCACCGGCAAGAAUACUAUGGUCGGAUUUGACGAGCAGUUGCUUCAACUUUUGGACAAGCUCACGGGGCAAAGGUCUAACCGGCAUAUCAUUCCAAUCGUUGGCAUGGGCGGCAUUGGUAAGACUACUCUCGCCCAAAAUGCUUACGAACAUUCACUUAUAGUUCACCAUUUUGAUAUUCGCACUUGGGUUACUAUAUCUCAAAAGUAUAGUGUCAAAGAACUUCUCUUACAACUUCUCUCAAUGAUAAGUAGUGAUAUCGAUAGUGAAGACGAUGAGCAAUUGUUAGGACAAAAGUUGCACAAAAUACUAUGGGGUCGGAGAUAUUUGAUUGUAAUUGAUGAUAUCUGGGGCGUUGAAGCUUGGGACAAUUUAAAUCUUUUCUUUCCAGAAAACAAUAAUGGAAGUCGAAUUGUUGUGACCACAAGGAUAUCGCAUGUGGCUACUCAAUUCGACUCCUCGUUGUUUGAGUUGAGUUUUCUAGAUGAGGAUAAAAGUUGGGAUCUAUUUUGUCAAAAAGCAUUUGGUGAGGCCGGUUGCCCUCUUGAACUAGAGGAUAUUGGAAAGGAGAUUGUUAAGAAAUGCAAAGGACUUCCCCUUUCGAUUACUGUGAUUGGUGGACUUCUUGGAAGGUCCCAUAUGUCGCAAAAAUACUGGAAAAAUAUUGCAAAAGAUUUAAACUCAUUUCUCAACUCUGGAGAGGACGAGAAUUGUUCGAGUAUAUUAUCUUUGAGUUACACAUACUUGCCUGCUCAUCUUAAACCAUGUUUUCUCUACAUGGCAAUUUUUCCAGAAGACCAUAAGAUUCUUGUCUCUCGAUUGACCAAACUUUGGGUGGCUGAAGGAUUUAUAAAAUCGAAGGAAUCACAAAGCUUGGAAGAGAUUGCACGAGAGACUUAUGCUUGA